CAGGUGGGUCUUGUGGUUCACGUCAUGACCAGUUUUGAAGAUGCUGACACAGAAGAGACAGUAACUUGUCUCCAGAUUACUGUUUACCAUCCUGGCCAGUUGCAAAGUGGAAUAUUUCAAUCAAUACGGUUUUAUAACCGAGAGAAACUCUCUUCCAGUGAAGUGGUGAAAUUUGGCCGAAAUUCCAAUAUCUGUCAUUAUACUUUUCAGGACAAGCAGGUUUCCCGAGUUCAGUUUUCUCUGCAACUGUUUAAAAAGUUCAACAGCUCAGUUCUGUCUUUUGAAAUUAAAAAUAUGAGUAAGAAGACCAGUCUGAUUGUAGACAGUAUAGAGCUGGGCUACCUGAAUAAAAUGGACCUACCAUACAAGUGUAUGGUCAGAUUCGGAGACUAUCAGUUCCUGAUGGAGAAAGAAGAUGGUGAGUCAUUGGAAUUUUUUGAGACUCAAUUUACUUUUUCUCCAAAAUCGCUCUCACAAGAAAACAACUGGCCACCACACAAGCCCAUACCUGAAUAUGGCAGUUACUCAUCCUGUUCCACCCAGAGUUCAUCUCCUACUGAAAUGGAUGAAAAUGAAUCAUGAACACAGUGGGUCCAAGAGGAGAAAACUGCAGGAUGAAGAGCUCUGUAGACACUUCAUAGAUGCCACUUAUGAAGAGUUUAUUUGUGUAGUAUAUUAUAGUCAUCUGUCAUGCUGUCACUUUUGUAAUUUAGUAUUAUCAUUUUGAAGUUUGAAAAUUGUGUUAGUCAUCAACUUAGUCACCUGUU